AUGGUCCAUGAUGCUGCCCGUCCCAUAGUGAAGGAAAUAGACCGGGCGGCUUUAGAGGCUUCAGAAGCCUUGGAAGAUACCAGGUGGACAACUGGUUAUCGCCACCAGGAAACUGAGUCCAGGACUACGAAGAAAGUUGAGGAGAAUCCCAGGGGUCGCAAUUCCAAGUAG